AGUUAAACCCCGCCCCCUAGUCCUUCUGUAGAAAGUAAAUGCGAGGGAGAACUGUGCUUUAAAAGACAACACUCAAAUAAAUAAUUCAACCAACGAAGAACGAGGCUGCGUCAGACACCGCGUUCUCCUCAAUACCCGAAGAAGUGACACCCACCCAAGCUGAUCGGUCAGAAUGAACGAGUUGCAGGACAGUUUAAAAAGCCUGGAGCAGAGCUGCAGGCGAUUCAGACAGCAGCAGUUCACGUUCAUCUCAGCGCUGGAGCGGACCCGCGAGCAUGCCCACAAGAGGACGAAGCCCGUCUCCACCCUGGCACAGGUCCAGAACUACCUUGAACACCACUGUCACAACACCACUGACCAGGGCAUCCUCAUGCUCUUCCUGGACAUCGUGCGCGACCUGAGCCACACUCUCCAGCGGCUCGAGAGCAUGAUGACCGAGGACAGCCCGGCCAGUUACUGCCUGGAGGCCUGCAGGACUCUCCUCUAUCACGACAAUGACCUCAGCCACAUCCGUGCCAAAUACCCUCACGAUGAGGUGAACCACCUGAGCUGCAACGAGGCUCGCAAUUACUACGGGGGGGUGGUGAGCCUGAUCCCGGUGGUCCUGGACCUCCUGCAGCAGGGCGUGACAUCUUCCCAGAGAGCCCAGAGGAGGCUGGCUGCUGAACAGGGCGCUGAGCCGGCCCGCAGCUCCCGGGCAGGACCCCUCUCCACCACCAUGGCAACCCAGGCAGGCAGCGGAGCCGUCAAGAAGGGGGGCUGCUUCCCCUACAACGAGGCCGGGCCCUGGGACACCACCAAGCCAGCCUGGAGGCCCCCGGGCCCCAUCAAUAAACAUUGAGACCCUUCCUCUCUGUGCCGGCGAUCUGUUAAAAUCCAUUUUCUGGUUAGGAUAAAGAAUAACGCUUUCUAGAAAAAGAGAAUAAAGUAGAGUUUCUGUUGAUUUUAAACCUCCAAGCUUUUAAACCAGAUCAAACUGUUAUUCUCUUACCUCUCAUUAACAGCUUUCAUGCAAACCCUGGUCCAUGCUUUUCAGAUUUUGGAGACUUGAGGUUUUGACAGAACACCUACAGCAAACUAUCUAUUCCACAUUGGUGUAUUCCAUAUUUUAUAGAAUCAAGUGCGAAACUCUGGUUACUAAAAUGAGUUACAGAUGGGCUAAAUUAAACUUUCACAAAACGUACCAAGACUAAUGCUCUAUUAAAAUUGUCAAAUAAAUAAAUAUUUGGGUAUUUUCAGAA